GAUCAAUGUGAAAAAAAGUUCUUUCUUAUUCUGUUUUUGAUGUGAUUAAAUUGUUAUAUUUUAGAGGCUUCAGGGUUUGUUUCCUCCUCUUUUGUCUCUUUCUUUGAUAUAAUGUUUCUGAAUUGCUCUUGAUCGUCCAUUGGCAGGAAUGAAGCAACAUGCUUCAGUUGAACGUAGGUUCUUUGUUCGCUGGAAAAUGUUUUAAAUAUUAUAAAAACACUCUAUGCGCAUCGAACAACAACAAACUACUUUGUUAUCAUAAAAUAACGUAGACAUUUCUUUUGCUUUGACUUUAAUGUCCCAAUAUUUGGAAGCGCGACCAACAGACUGAAUGGCUCCCUUUGCGUCCUCCGCUGCCAUUACUGAAACAGGUGGACUAAAAUUAUAAAACAGAGCAGAAAAUCAACGCCAUCGUUCACGACCCCUUCUUCUGUUCACUGACUGGCCAGAUUCCUGAAAAAUCAAAUUCAGUGGGACAAAUCCCAAACGCUUCAUGAGAUAAAAACUGGUCCUAACAGUCCAGCCAAGGCAUAUGAACAUAUGAUCCAAAUACAUUUCAAUGGGAGAAGAAAACCCUGUGCAUAAACAUGUCAAGCGUACAAACAGUGGCUUGUGCUCACUGUCUCUCUCCUCACACACAGCCACUUGGGCCAGAAGAGCACGCAUGCUCACCACACUUUUCAGAUUUUUGCUUUGAAAAACAGUUUUAAAAAACAAUAUCUCAUUUUUGUUCCACUUUGCAGAUCUAUUCUAAUUUAUCUUGGUUUACCAUAAAAUCUAUAAAAUACGUUGAAAUCUUCAGUUGUAACGCAACAUGGGUCAAAGUUCACAGGGUGCAAAUACUUGUGUAAAAUCAGAACAUGAUGCAUUGCAGUGCAUGUUGCUGGUUGAUCAGCUUCCAGACAGACAGACAUGAUGAGAGUUCUCAGUUUUACAGCAUUCAGGGACUCAAGAAAAAAAUGUAAUAAAAUUGACUUUAUAAUUACCAUCCAGAUCAACAAAAAACGAGCCAGUUACAACCUUUGGUUAAUUGACUGAUGUGCUUGCAUAUUUCUUCACUGUACAGAAAACAAAUGAUAACUAAUAUAACUGUCACCAAUAAUAGUUAACUGAUUAAUCUACUAAUUAGGUUAUUUGUUAAUUUAUCACAUGACCAAAUGUAAGUGAAUAAGCUGUUUCCUGUAAAUUUACUUGAUCAGAAAAUUAGUUUAAAUUUGACAUCAAAUUAUUUUCCAACAACGUAUAAUUUUGCGAUUACUUAUUUACAAUUUCCUGUAUAUUAAAUGUUUUCUUUUAUUUUUUAAGCAUUAAAUGUACGGAGAAAUUAGGAACUCUUUUCUGCGUAAAGGAGACAAACAGGAAAAAAGAAAGAAAGAAAGGAAAACCCCGCACAGAAUCGUUGUGGUGGUUUGGUAUGAAUUCCAAAAACAUGGUUUCAUAUUUUGGAAGUCGUUCUGUUUUCCAAAAGAAAAAGAAAGAAUAAAUCUUUCUCCUUCCCCCAUGCGCUUCUUCUCGCCGCCUUCCUCUGCGCUGCAGAGCUGCAGUGAUGUCAGCCUGCCUGGGUCAUUUGAAGGUCAGCAGCCUCGGAAGGGUUCACCCAAAGUUCACUCGCAUAUAUUAGGCAAUUCAAUCUUUCAUUCUCGGUGGCAAAACUAGUUGGAAAUGAGCAGCACUGGUGGGACGGAUAACCCAUUCGUCAUCGCGGAGGGGAACGGCUGCUUUUUAAACACCGUUCGCGAUUAUUUUCUGCUCUUAGAAUAAUAAAGAAGCUCCGCUCCGAGCAGGCGGCAGCGCGAGCGCUUCAGCCGAGAGCCGGGACGGGGCGAUCCGCUGCGAACACGGCGGAGCGGCGCUGGCUAUGGAGGAACCCCGUCCGGAGGUCCGCUGCAGCGCGCUGACCGCUCUCGGUGCCAGAGACCCGAGCAGGGGCAUCUAGGACAAGCUGCGGGACCAACGUAAUUCAUGAUUCCGGUGCGGGACGGAGGAGAAGAAGAGGAGAGAAAUCCGCUGCGUCGAGGGGAAGAAGAAGAAGAAGAAGAGAGGGGGAGAAAAAAAGAGGAGGAGGGGUGAAGAAGAGGAGUUUGAUGGAGUUGUGUGCGUCUAUGCCGGCGGUUUUCCUGCAGAACGCACACGAGUGAGUGAACAAAGUGGUCAUGUUUGACUGCAUGGACAUGCUGGCCGUGAGUCCCGGGCAGAUGCUGGACUUCUACACGUCCAGCCCGUCGUCCUGCAUGCUGCAGGAGAAAGCUCUGAAAGCCUGCAUCAGCGGACUGGCGCACAGAGAGUGGCAGCACCGGCGGAGCGCACACUCCAUCGAAACGCAGAGCACCAGUUCUGAGGAGUUGGUCCCCAGCCCGCCAUCGCCGCCGCCUCCGCCCAGAGUCUACAAGCCCUGCUUCGUCUGCCAGGACAAAUCCUCUGGAUAUCACUAUGGAGUCAGUGCGUGUGAGGGCUGCAAGGGCUUUUUCCGUCGAAGCAUUCAGAAGAACAUGGUGUACACGUGUCACCGGGACAAGAACUGCAUCAUCAACAAAGUGACGAGGAACCGCUGCCAGUACUGUCGCCUGCAGAAGUGCUUCGCUGUGGGAAUGUCCAAAGAGUCUGUUCGGAAUGACCGGAAUAAGAAGAAGAAGGAAAGUCCGAAGCCAGAACUGGCAGAGAGCUACGAGCUGACGGCAGAGCUGGAGACUAUCAUCGAGAAGAUCCGUAAGGCCCAUCAAGAAACCUUCCCCUCCCUCUGCCAGCUUGGCAAAUACACCACGAACUCGAGUGCAGACCACCGUGUGAGGCUGGACCUGGGCCUGUGGGACAAGUUCAGUGAGCUGGCCACCAAGUGCAUUAUCAAGAUCGUGGAGUUUGCCAAACGAGUGCCUGGCUUUACAGGGCUGACCAUCGCUGAUCAGAUCACACUUCUGAAAGCUGCCUGCCUGGACAUACUGAUCCUGCGUAUCUGCACACGGUACACUCCUGACCAGGACACCAUGACCUUUUCAGACGGACUGACCCUAAAUCGGACACAGAUGCACAACGCUGGCUUCGGCCCGCUCACCGACUUGGUGUUCACCUUUGCCAACCAGCUGCUGCCCAUUGAGAUGGACGACACAGAGACGGGUCUUCUCAGCGCCAUCUGUCUCAUCUCAGGAGACCGUCAAGAUCUGGAGGAGCCUUCCAAGGUGGAUCAGCUCCAGGAGCCACUGCUGGAGGCUCUGAAGAUUUACGUGAGGAAGCGCCGACCAAGCAAGCCACACAUGUUCCCCAAAACCCUUAUGAAGAUCACGGACCUGCGCAGCAUCAGCGCUAAAGGAGCCGAGCGAGUCAUCUCUCUGAAGAUGGAGAUUCCAGGUUCCAUGCCUCCUCUCAUCCAGGAGAUGCUGGAAAACUCAGAAGGACAGGACAGUCAGAUCAGCAGCAGCAGCAGCAGCAGCACGUCCACCGAGGCCGGGGCCAGUCCCAGCACCAAGGACAACGAGUCGCCAGAGUCCUCAGACCCCGACGAGGCCACGCCCCCCCCACCCAGCACCGAGCCCUAAGAGGCACCAGGUGUCUCUUUAACUCGUUCAGACAUUCCUUUGCACAAAAAGAUCAGCCAACAAGGAGCUGACCCUCUAUAACCUCUUUAUUCCUUCUCUUUUGCUUGGUGUAACAUUAACUUUAAAUCCUUCUAUUUUUCUCUCCAAUUUACUCAAAAAUUUUUCUCCUCGAAAAGAAAACAACACGGAGGCCUCAAAGGAUGAGUGCUCUGCGUUUGGCUGUGAGUGGAGCUGUAGUUUGGGGUCAGAACUCAGGAGGAGGGCCCUUGGGGGCCUCCCCAAACACCACAGAUGAUACUCCUCAGGUCUCCAGUGUAAAUUCGUAUCUGCAUGACGGGAGUUUGAUAACGAUUUCUCUCUCUGUGUUUCUCCGUCAUCUCUGUCCAUCAGUGGUACUGCUGGCAUACACACACUGUACAUACCAUGGUAUGGUCAGGCCUCUGUUUGUAGGAUGAGUUUUGUGGUGCUUGUCCCAUCAUGUUGAUUAUUUUCGAGGUUUAAAGCAGAACUAAUUUUAAGUUCUUUUAAAAAAAUAUAUCUAGAAUGUUAUUGCACAUAGAUGUAACUGAAGUCAGACAUUUUCCAUCUGUUUGUAUAUUUAAAACUGCUCUUUAGUCUUACGUGACGUGUGUGUUGUUCAUGGAUGAGUGUGCAUCCACACCGGCAGAAUGCAGCGCUUCCCUCCAUACCUGCAGCUGAGUCCGUUCAGCUGUUUCCUCAGGGAGGGAAGCAAACAGCAGAGGCUUUGAUACACACUCAUCAGACCGGCCGGGUCAGUCCUGAGCGAGCAGAUUCACACACACGCGUGCGCACACACAGAGAGGCAGUCUGCCCAGAAAAACAACCGGGACAAGAGGCUAAAACUGUCCGUCAGCUUCAUCAAAAUCUGACACAAUUCUUGCACUUUACUGGUUAAAGUGCACAUUACUGACUUCACAAAAAACCAAAAUGUAUUUUUUUGUAAAGUUUUGACCUGUUGAAAAAGGUUGCUAACGAUUCCAAACUCUGUUUGAGAACUAUAAUAGGAACAGAAAUGUUUUGCUAGCGUAGCAGCAGAGGCACUUAUCUUUAGCAUCAGGAAAAUGCAAUUAAGGCAGCUAGCAUGAUUAGCAUUAGAAAUGAAGCCUUCUAUGUGUUCCAUUGGAACUCAGACAUCAAUUUUCUGAAAUCCUGCCAACAUUCACAGACCCAACAUGUUCCUUGACAACAGGCUGGAAAAGAAAGAGGACAAAGCCUUUGUUCAGCCUUCCUGUUAUCUGCUGAAAGUCUUGCUCUGUCUUAGAUCCUAAUAGAACUGCAGACUUAAUCCUACCAGGGCUGCACCGAUUUCAGAUUUCAGUUAUCUUUAAAAAUCCUCACCUCCCGAUUCCGAUUUUGACCGAUACCAAUAUUUUUGUCUGAAGAGUCACUAAAUAUAGAGACAAAGUUUCUAAGCUGUCAACAGUGGAGCGAGUACUGCUAACCGCUAGCGUGCAGAUGUGACCCCUUUGGUUGACAGUAGCUGCUCAGAUUGCCAGUCAUCCGAUUUAUCGACCGGCCAGUUUAUUAGUUCACCUCUAGUCACUACCUCUCUGCCUGGAGAGCACUGUUUCAUGUUUAUGGAGCGUCAUACUACUCUUCUGACUUAAUCUGAAACUAACUGACCAUGUUUGAGUCUUCUCCAAGAAGAAACAUCCACACCAUAUGGAGUAUGGAUGGAUUUCUAACAGGCACACCACAGCCGAUCAAUCUGAAGAUCAUCUGGUUCUGGUUAACAGCUGAUGUAUCGAUGAUUCUCUGGGACAAAACCUUUCAUAUCAGGGCUGAAUGAUUCAACUAUGUUCAUCUGGAAGGAUUCAGCUAUCUCAUUUGUAAAAAUGAGAUAGCUUCUUUUUUUUAUUACUGCAAAACAAACAAAUUAGGUGAGAUUUAGGACUAUUCCUAAUCUAGGUCAUUGUUCCAACCAGAUCCAACCCAAAACCCUGGUCCGCUUUCAUAGUAAAUGUUCCUGCCUCAGUGAUCAAACUGUUGUUUUUUUUUUUUCUUCCAUUCUGACAUCAGCCUGCAGCUGGUUUAUAUUUCCCAGAAUGAAGUCGGCCUAAUGAGUGUGUAUCUGCUGCUGUUGCCAGAGCUCUGCUGUGGCCUUAUGAACAGAGCUCUGCCUCUCACCUUCCUCCUCCCUCAUAAAGUGUCUUGUUUACACCAGUGAAACACGGGGGGCAAUGCAAUCCUUAAACACACUAAACACCGGAACACCUGGCCUCAUGGGUCCGGAUGAUUGUAGCUGACACAGAAAGCACACUGUGGGCUGGGAUCUGUAGCUCUGCUCCAAAUGUUUGCCUUGCUCUUCUGACCUGACUGUGUAAGCUUUACCUAACGAUGCAAAAGGAGAUUCCAGAUGACCACUGACCCCUCCAGACGGCCAGCCGAGUAAACGCUUCCUUUGGGAAUUCGGCUGAGCUGGUAUGGAGGCGUUAGGAGGUUCCUCUGAAACUAAAACAUGAUCCUGGAGAGCUGCCUUUCUUCACAGCCAAGGUCACAUGUGAAGCUGAACCAUAAGAGAAAAGACACUGUUAUGUCUUCCUGAAGGAUCCAGACCCUCCACUGCCUCAGGGUCCAUCAGCUCUGAUGUGGUAAUCCGUAUCUCAGCACAGAUGAUAUUUUUUAAUGCAUUAACCAAAAGCAAUACUUUUUCAUUUUGGAAAGAGUCAUAUUCACUUCUUUGUUGACAGUAAAGUGACUGAAUGUUGUUUUAAAGUCUGUUUUGCUGAAGGAAACGUUUUUUUAAGCAGAAUUUCCACUGAAGAUCUAAAAGGAAAGCAUCGACUUCGCUGCACAAAAUUAACAAGAAAGAAACUUCCACACUACCACAUCUCACCCGGUUAGAGUUAAAGGAAUUGAUUGGAUUUUGGGAAGUGGGGUUAUGUUGAGAGAUUGUGGGUAGAAAAUAUCUCACCUGAAGUUGAUGGUUAUAUUAGCGCCUACGCUUCAGUGAAGCAGAGCUUCAUUUUAGAGCUAAACAGAGCUAGUCAGGUCUGAUCCAAAAAACCAGGACAUAAGUGCCUUCAAACAACUCCAAUCUCUAAAUGUGACAGCGGUGCUUAAAAGAAACUUCAUUUACCACUUAGAAUAGAACAGACUUUAUUAAUCCUAAAAAGGGAAAUUGCUUAUUUGUUGUUGACUCUACCCAAAAGUGUUAAAUAUUACACUUCAGAUGCUUAUGGUUAUACAGAUAUGACCAUAAGCAUCUGAAGUGUAAUAGUGUUAUAUUAUGAAACCAGUUUCAUAAUAUCACAGUAUGUAGACCGCUGGUAAAAAAAAAAAAUACCACAGUUUCAUAGUAAUAAAAAUUGAAACCAGAAAAGCAAUAAUAAUUACUAUUGUUGCUUAAUCAAUCUAUGAUACUGAACACAGUGGAGCCCCAGUAUUGGUGGGGAUUAAGGACCAACAGGCUCUUUAAUUAUGUAUUUAAAGUAGUGACAGCAGGUGCUUUUUCUUUAGUUGCCUCAUGAUUGUAUGUCGUGAAACUGGAUGUACUACCAAAUAGUUCGAUUACUUUAUUGUAAGGAAAAUCAUAGCAGCCUUUAUGUAGCCAGCUAAUCAUCAACGGAUGGAGGAGGGAAAAAUCUGGCCAUUUUCUCCUGCCUCCAGUUAGCUAAACGCUUUAGCUAGCAUCUGUAAUCAUUACAAUAAAGACACUAAAAGCUUUUUUCUAUUUGCUGGUCAGAACCUCUACAGAACCCCACUUCAGAAGAUCUGAGCUAAUCCUUUAACUUGGUCUGCUUCGUUUUUAGUCCUGGGUGAUGGUAUACUCUUUAAUGUUAUGACAGUUAUUUAAAUAUGAACAUGACUUCAAAAUCCAAAUUGAACUAUCGAAGUGUUUUUCCCUAUACAUCCGCCUCUGCUGAUUCAUUCUUGUAUUUGAUGGGAAGCAGCAAAGCGAGUCGACUCUAAGGCAGCGACAGGUUCUGGGUCUCCAAGGCGCAUAACAAACAUCCAUCUGCAUUCCAUCCAUCCCGGCUCCGAAAUACAUAUCAUAAGGGAAGUCAGAGCAGUUUCAGCUUUUUGAUUCUUUUUUUUCUUUUCUUUUCUUUUUUGCUUGUUUGAAUGUGAAUAAUAACACGGAGUGUCAGAAGAAUGAUAUGCAGUGUUGAGUACUUACACUUACGUCUUUGAAACAGAGGGAAUUCUCUUUCUCUCUCUCACUUUCUCUCUCUCUUUCUCUCUCUCUCUCUCUCUCCUGGUGAGAGAUGAAGGGAGAGUUGCCGGUUUUUGUGUUUGGCUAGUUUUUAUCUACUGUAAGCUGGUAAACUUUCACAGCUGAAGAAUGUCCACAGUUGCCCCUGAAGCGUCAAGUGGCCCUGAGGCAUUGGGACUGAUCGCCGCUUCCUUUAGGACUCAACUCCACCGUCUGGAUUCCUCGUUCUGUUCUGCUGAAUGUCGUACUGCCCUAACUGUAAGACUCUACUAUCUAGCUCACUGCAGAGAUGUUAUAUAAAUGCUGUGUGCUUUGCAUUCCAAUUGGCAGCUCUGUGGGAAAAGACGCUCACUCGUCCUUGGAAACACAAACUCUCACUGAAGGAAAGGAAGCAACUGGAACACGGUGAGCUGAUCUGAACACAGGUGCGACAUGAAUGGGACAAAUGGACCGGCACUCAAUACCACUGACGUGUUCUGUUUGUGGCACUGUUGCCCCAGGAUGUCAAACGGCUGUCGUCAAACAAUCAACCCAAUCAGCUGACAGCUGUUUGAUCAGAGGGUUACCUUCUGCAGGGCGUGGUCGAUGUGUGGCUUUAGCAGCAGAGUUCAUACAUCAGACAUCUCCUCCACACACAGUCGCUUUAUCUUCCCCUCAGAAGAGAUUCUAUAGAUGAUUGUUCAGACUUUUAAGUGUUGAGGCUGGCUGGUCACAAAAACAACAGAAUAUCAUUAAAAUAAUAAUUUAUUUCAGUAACUAAAUUUUUUUUUAAAUUUGAAGAUUGUAUUACAUUCAUUACACAUACAUUCCCAAGCUUGUAUUUCUAUUCAUUUUGAGGAUGAAAACCCAAAAUCCAGCUUUCAGAACUAGAAUAGUACACAAGUACACCAAUAAAAAAGGCUUUUAAUUUGAAAUGGAAUAGCCUACACCAGUGGUUCCCAAAGAUUUUCUGGG